UUGUUUAAAUUAGUCAAAAUGCCGAAAGAACAACCAAAGGAUAUGCUUAAUGAAUCUACGGAUGAAGUGAUUUAUAGAAGCAAAAAUAAAGCAUUAUUCACGAAUCUUGUGAAGACAACGCGCUUUAACAAGCGUGAGUGCGAAGCUGCAUGCUUGAUACACCGUAAAAUUCAAAACGUAUAUAAAACGUUAAAUUUAGCUGCGUUUCGUGAUAUUCUUCAUAGUGGAUUCGACUUUACCGAAAACAGACGCCAUGUACUAUUAGAUAGAAUAUUUUCUUUAUUCGAUAAGCAUAACAAUCUUCAAAUUAAUUCUAAGGAAUGGGUUACGGGAUUAGCUAAGCUUUUAGAUAAUGCGAUUGAAACGCGAAUUCAUUUUGGAUACGGAGUUUACGAUUUAAUGAAAUCCAAUCAAUUAACGAAAGAUCAAAUGUUCCCAAUGCUGCGUGGCUGCUUUAUAAAAUUGCAACCCGAGGAGGAUGCCGAUGACAUGGUGAAGGAUAUGAUAGAUUUGCUGGUGAAGGCUAUCGAUAUCAACAGGGACGGGGAUGUCUCCCUAGAAGAGAUGCGCGACGCUGUCCUCAAGAAAAAUCUGCUCUUCGUUGAAUCCAUGGGGCCUGUGUUUCCCUCGCGAGAGGCCAAACACGCGUUCCUAUCGACGAUAACGGAUCGAGUGCCGCCGUUCUAGCCGGGCCGCUCCGUACUCACACGAGCAAGCACAAG